AUGACCAAGUCUGACAUGAAGACAGUGGAGCUACUAAAGAAAACUGUGGACCACCUCAAUCAGGUUUUCAAUCUCAACACAGGUCAUCUAUCUCAGAUGAUGAUGAACAUGGGGUCAGUGGAGGAAUCCAAUCAGCUCCCUGACUGUAUUCACAGUGAAAAUGGGAUGAUCCUGACAGACCUUGGCAGAAUGCAGAUUAUCAAUGGCCUUCGCAGAUUUGAUAUUGAGUAUCAAGGGGACCCACAGCUGCAGCCUGUGAGAAGCUAUGAAAAUGCAGUCUUGGUGCAGCUUAUGUUUUGGAUCGCCACACUAAUCAAUAACAGACUUGAAGGACACAUGAACGAUCUGUGCUCACAACAGAACCUGCUGGGAAGGCUGGGACAACACUACCUUAUCACCUCCACUGUAAAAGGAAGGUUCCCAAGGAGUACAGUGACACAGCAAAGCCAGGAGGACUACCACCUGCGGCCACGCCUUACCCUGCGCACAUUUGCAAGUUAUCGCACAUUACUCAUUCUCCUGUUACUCUACUCGCUGGGAUCUCUGUUUUCUAUUAGCCCACUGUUCAGCACAUGCCUCAUCUUAAUGUUGAGCUUUUUGUAUGGACUGUGCAUGACUGUCUACGUGGGAAAGUAA